GGCGCGUAAAGUAGUGCCUCGUUGGAAAAUCAUAACUGUAAAACACUCAACAACAUAAUAAUAUUCAAUUAAUUAAUUAAAAAAUAAUGAAAAAGUGCUCAAUUCAUCAAUGGCGUUUCUCCUGAGUUGAAAUAUACGCAACCACCAUCAUCAUCCCAACAGAAAGAAAGUAAAAAACCCUAUUUCUAUAUUCCUUUCUUCCUUUACAUUAAUUAAUUAAUUCAAUUUCAUUAUUAUUAUUCCUUUUCUGCUCUUUCUACAAAACCACAACCUAUGCAGCAAUAACGAUCAUCAUUUCAAAAUUAGGGUUUUCAUCUAUCAAUGGGUAAUAUCUCAAGCACCGGCGCCCACAACCGUCGUCGACACGCCACCGCUUCCCGACGAACUCACCCACCACCACCACCUCCUGUAACACCACAACCCGAAAUCGCACCUCAUCAAUUCGUCUACCCUGGUGCCGCACCGUACCCUAACCCACCCAUGCAUUAUCCUCAAUAUCAUUACCCUGGUUAUUAUCCACCACCCAUACCUAUGCCUCAUCAUCAUCACCCCCAUCCUCAUCCUCAUCCUCAUAUGGAUCCUGCUUGGGUUUCUCGGUAUUACCCUUGUGGACCUGUGGUCAAUCAACCUGCACCUUUUGUUGAGCACCAGAAAGCUGUUACUAUUAGAAAUGAUGUUAAUAUUAAGAAGGAGACCAUUGUCAUUUCGCCUGAUGAGGAAAAUCCUGGUUUUUUUCUUGUUUCGUUUACCUUUGAUGCUGCUGUUUCUGGGAGCAUCACCAUAUUUUUCUUUGCAAAAGAAGAUGAAGGCUGCAUCCUCACACCGACCAAGGAAACCCAUCUUGCACCUGUGACUGUACAAUUCCAGCAAGGUCUUGGACAGAAGUUUAGACAGCAAGCUGGAACUGGUAUUAACUUUUCAAUGUUUGAGGAGUCAGAUUUAGUAAAGGUGGGUGACGUGGAUGUUUACCCUCUAGCAGUGAAGGCAGAUGCAUCAUCCGAUAAUCAUGAUGGAUCAAAUGAAACUGAGACAUCUAGUAAACCAAACUCUCAGAUAACUCAAGCGGUGUUUGAGAAGGAAAAAGGAGAAUUCCGGGUAAAAGUUGUUAAGCAGAUCUUGUCAGUGAAUGGAAUGCGGUAUGAGCUGCAGGAGAUAUAUGGUAUUGGAAACUCAGUGGAGAGUGACGUGGAUGACAAUGAACAAGGAAAAGAGUGUGUGAUCUGCUUGUCAGAACCUCGCGACACAAUUGUUCACCCCUGCCGACAUAUGUGCAUGUGUAGUGGAUGUGCAAAGGUAUUGAGAUUCCAGACAAAUAGAUGCCCGAUUUGCAGACAACCAGUUGAGAGGCUUUUGGAGAUAAAAGUAGGGACUGAGGAGUGAACAAAAUAUACUGUUAAUUCCAUAAACUUCCUGUACAGCCCAACUGUAAUAAUUAUACUUAUACUUACCCCUGCUUUCUUUUCAUUUUUUAUGGUUUCUCCCUCAUUUAUUCUGGUAUUUUCAAUGAGGGGAAAAAAGAGAGAAGGGGAAUGGAAUUUAUAUGACACUUGGUCUAAAAUCAGCUACAGACUUAUUGUACACGACAAUGCCUCAAACAAGCUUGUUUGUCGUUACUUUUAGAUUGCUUCAAUUUUCUCUUGGGAUCACUUUUUUUAA